AUGAAACUCCCCUCUGUACUCGAAGAAAAGAGGCCUGCGGAAUCUCCGGAGGCAGAUCUCUCAACCCAGUCCAAUUACAAGGAUUUCCAGAUCAAGCAUACGACCCUAGAUUUGGAUGUUGAUUUUGAGAAACGCGAAGUCAGUGGGCAUGUGACGUUUGAAUUGAGGCGUGUUACUGAUGCUGAAGAAGUACGCUUGGAUACUGCGUGUCUGGACGUCCACGGGGCUACAAUUGAUGGCGAAAAUGCGGAAAUUGAAUUGAAACCAGAGCUGCAUUUCCUCGGGAAACAAUUGAUUGUGAAACCGGUUGGUAAGAGACUACCAGACGAGUUUAAAUUGUCAGUACAGUUUAACACUAAGAAUGAAGGCACUGCUCUACAAUGGUUGGACGAGAAGCAGACUUCUGGUAAGCCGUUUGUCUUCAAUCAGCUCGAGACUACGUAUGCGAGAUGCUUUAUGCCAUGUUUUGAUACCCCUGUUGUGAAAUCUCAGAUGACUGCUAACAUCAGAUCUCCAUACCCAGUGGUGUUUGCUGGUGUGGAAACUGAGGGUUCCGGUGAAGGUGGUGUCUAUAAGUUUGAGCAGAAGAUCCCAAUUUGCAGCUACUUAACGGGGUUUGCGUCGGGAGACCUCGUAUCAGCUGAGAUUGGUCCACGCUCUAAGGUGUACUCUGAACCCUACAUCAUUAAGGACUGCCAAGACGAGUUUUCGGAGGAUGUGGAGAACUUCAUCAAAACCGCGGAAGAUAUUAUAUUCGAGUACGAGUGGGGAACCUACAACAUCUUGAUUAACCCUAGCUCCUAUCCAUACGGUGGUAUGGAGAAUCCUAACAUAACCUUCGCUACGCCAACGUUGAUCGCACACGACAAAUCGAACAACGACGUCAUUGCUCACGAACUAGCUCACUCCUGGUCAGGAAACUUAGUGACUAACGCAAACUGGGGCCAUGUAUGGUUGAAUGAGGGUUGGACCGUGUAUCUAGAGAAAAGGAUCAUCGGAGCUGUUCAUGGAGAACAAACCAGACUCUUGGGCUACAUGUUUGGUAACACUGACUAUCUCGAGCUUGUAAAUAGUGAUGAACCUCCCGAAGCCACCGUUCUAGUGAGACAAUUCACAGCUGAAAUGAAUGCGGAUGAUGUGAUGAACCUCACUCCCUACAUCAAGGGUUCCUGUUUCUUGUACCACUUGGAAACAAAGUUGGGCGGCAAAGAGGUUUUCGACCCUUUCAUCAAGCACUACUUCGCAAAGUAUGCCAAAAAGUCCUUGGAUACUUGGCAGUUCUUAGACACCUUGUUCGAGUUCUUCAGUGACAAGCGCGAGGUGCUAGAUGCGAUUGACUGGAAAGCCUGGUUAUUCACUCCAGGCAUGCCACCAGACUCUGAGUUCAAAUCCACGUUGGCAGACGAAGUUACUAAACUUGCCGACCGCUGGUUCGCCAAAGUUGCCGAGUUCGAUCAGGCCAGUCAAUUUACCUCCGAGUUUUCUAAAAGCGACAUCGAGUCUUUCAACCCGAUGCAGCUCAUGAUGUUCCUAAACAUCAUAACCCAGAGUAAUGCCGGCUGCAACCCAACGUUCGCCUGGAAGAAACAUCCUAUUGCUACAGAGGCCUUCGUUAACAUCUAUGAAGACAAGAUAUUCAAGUCGCAGAACCCAGAGAUUAUCUAUAGAAACCUGGUAUUCCAGGUAACUGCCGAAGUCAAGUCCAGCUAUCAAAAAGCUGCCGACUGGCUCGGCAAGGUCGGCAGAAUGAAAUACGUCGUUCCGUUGUACCGACUCUUGAAUCAAAAGGAUAGGCACCUUGCUAUUGAAACUUUCAACCAGCAUAAGGAGUUUUACCAUCCCAUCUGUAAAGCACGCGUCGACGUCGUCUUGCAGACAACAAAAACGACCUGA